AGGUUCCCGCUAAUGUCGCAUCGUGAUUUCCUUGGCAACCUAUACAUUUUAUGCUAUCAUGUUUCUGCUCUGGCUGGGUAAGAAGAGAAGACAAGUUAUCAGUUCUACAGGGUACUUAAAAGAUGUGCUCCGCCUCCUCGACCACAGCAGUGAAAUAUAAUCUAACGUUGUCACAUAGAGGUUUUUUAUUUCUUGUGCUAAACUAAACGUCUCUGCUUCUCAGCCCUGGAUGACACAAAUCAGAUCGUUGAAUGUCCUGUUAUGGCAAACAGUUACAAAAUAAAACAGUCUCAGAAGUACAGGUAACUGUCUCCUCUGUGAAAGCCAGAGGCAGUGUCCUGGCUGUUGUUAGAACAGGGGCUAUACAGGUAACAGCGGGGCUCAUCCCUGAUAUAACCUAAACUAACUUUAAUUUCACAUCAAGCAUGUACAUGGGCAUUCACGGCAGUAAAGAAAGGUGAAGCUGGCAAGGUGAGCAUUUCUGAUACUGGUUACACACACGUAAAUAAAGGUCCCGAAUUCGGAGAUGGAUCCCACCGUAUAAGGACAUCGUUCAGACAACCUUGCACAACGUGCCUGGUGCACACAACAAACCUGCCCAAUUAGCUGUGCGAGACUGUUUUGGAACCAUCAUUACUCUAUGAUACACCGAUGUUUGUGGGCUACGGUUAGCACUUCAAACAGAAGUAAGGAGGAUUAGGAAAGGAAAAUCACAAUCCCCUUGAAAUAUAUUAUAUGUCACGCAUGUUAAGAACUUAUUUAAAAAAAAAUCUCUGAGAGAAACAUGUGGUUUGCAUCCUUUUACUUUAAAAUGGUUUAUGGCCACAUAAUUGGAUCCGACCGCAGUCUUAUUAUAUUUACUUUUUUUUAACUUGACUCCGCUGCUCCGCGCCCCCCAGGUGGCUGUGACCCAUCAGUACUUUGUUGACUAAUGACCGUGUGACAAUUUGCAUUCUUUUGCACUCUGGAAAUGCACCACUAUGUAUAAGCCAGUGUUCUGCUAUCCGACAAGUAAGAAGGCUCUGCCAUUUGCGCUGCUCUCAAAAUAACAGCAGGUUUCAUUGGGGGAAGGGCUGCGCGCCGUGCCAUCUACAGGUUUCUUGGGUAGGUAGGCAGCAUUCACCUGCGUUCAGCUGCUGAUGUCCAACUGCUGGAAGUGAUGGUGGAGCUGUCUGUAAGCAGUGAAAUGGAUCUGAAUGCAAAAAUCCAAGAGCUGCCGUUCUGAAGAAUUCCGAGUGGAUAAAUGGGAAAAUUAAUACUCUGGUGACAAAGCGCUGAUUUCACUAUGUUGAAUUCAGAGCCAUUGCAAAAUCAAGAGUUUAAACUGUGAAGCUGUCUCAAGUACGUCUUUAUAGCAACGGCAACAGUAAAAUCGCCAGCUAAAAUUAUCUUUCUGUUUAACAAAAAGCUGUCAAUCGAGUUCGGUAGGAUUUGCUACAGUAUAGACAUGGAUGGGGCUCCCUUGGUGAAGCAUCAACAGCUAAAGUGAGGAUGUAAUUCCGAGCUGCAUUUCACCAUCUGGCAGGAAUACCUACCUAUACAAAUUCUAACACUUCAGACAGGAACAGGUGUUAAGUCUUGGAGCUCAGGACAGGUGCAGGUGGACUGCAAAUCAACGUGGUGGAUAAUGGGAUUUAGUCUUCAUUUGCAAAUCUAUGUUCUCAUCUGUCACUUUGACCCCGGCUGCCCAGUGUAAAGCUUAAUUUGGGCCCCAACUUUGGGACACUGUCUACCUGCUGAAACAGUUACCUAGCAUUGUUGCCUGACUACUGGAGUUUGUGUCGCCAUGGCGUUCACAUUCGCUGCCUUCUGCUACAUGCUCUCCCUGGUCCUGUGUGCUGCCCUCAUCUUCUUCGCCAUUUGGCAUAUAAUCGCCUUUGAUGAGCUGCGAACAGAUUUCAAGAACCCAAUAGAUCAGUGUAAUCCAGCACACACGCGAGAAAGAGUAAGAAACAUUGAAAGGAUUUGCUAUCUUUUGAGAAGGCUGGUGCUGCCCGAAUAUUCCAUUCAUGGCCUUUUCUGCAUUAUGUUUCUCUGUGCUCAGGAAUGGCUAACACUAGGGCUGAACAGUCCUCUGAUGUUUUAUCACUUAUGGAGCUACAUAAGCAAAAUGAGCACUGCAUAGGAAUGGAAACUGGAUGAUGAGAUACAUGCAAGUUCUUCACAUCCUGCAUAAAUAUACUGCAUCUCCAGUGUGUAUAUUGGCCUCUGUACAUUUUAAACCUAGGGAAACAUUCAUUUCAUUUUAGCCAUUGUAAAUAAAUGCCAAAACUUUGCUACAGAUUAUUUAAGCAUCUGCUAACUGUUGGAAAGAGACUUGAAACAUUGAUGUUUUCAAUAUUUGCCUUGUUAAGAAGGUGAAAAUUGAAUAUAUUUUGCAGAAUGUUUUCUUUGCAUUGUUUGUAGAUCCUGGAAUACUGAUUUGUACUUUUAAAAUCUGAGCUGAAACAGUUAAGUCUUUGUCCAUUUAUUCAGCAAUAUGUCAGUAAUGGCAUGCAUGCCUUUAGUUAUUUGUUUUUAUUGAUAAAACAUUUCCAAAUUAAUUAUUAGCUUUCCAGUUUGUUUAGUAGAAAACAGAAAUGUUUUCUUUAUUAUGAUGAAACAGUAGAUAUCAUUCUGUAUUUUAAGGGUAAAAAAAAUGAUAAUAAUGUAAAAGUAGUACUUCAUUAGAUAAGAUCUAUCUUCCUGGAGUGGAACAGAUAAUUCUUAUUUUUUCUGGGUACAAACCUGGCUUAAUAAUUCCUGUGCAUCUCAGAUGAACAGAACAAGUCAUGAAGGUAAUGUCUGCAGUUUAUUCUUACCGCUACAGAAACAGCUCACAUCAGUUCAUCUGUCAGCAGGAAAGUCCCUUUCUCAGCUCCAGUGUGGGAAUGUUGUUCAGUUGUUACUACACUUAUGUGAUACUAGAACAGUAAUAGCAUUGGCUUUGAUCAUUUUAUUGAAUAGCAUCAUGUUUGGCCAAUAAAUUAAUUUCUACAAUU